AUGACAUCCUCCGACGUCCGCGACGUGCUCAACCUCCCCGAUGGCGCUGCCGGCGGCCCUCGUCCCUCCAAGAAGGCAAAAAUCACCGCCCCGCGCCCUAACCUCAAGGGUCUCGCGCGCGAGGUGCACAAUCUCGGCGGCGACAACCCCAUCGCCAUUGUUCCGGAGGUCACGCAGUUCAAGAAGCGCCGGUUCGUUAGUCGUAAGCCGGCCGCACGAUGGGAGCUGCGACAGUUUGCGAAUUCUGGAAGGAAAGAUGAGAGCCUGGUCUUGAGGCACUGGAGGAGGGUCGAAGAAGGGAAGCAGUCUUCUUCAGCGGCAGGAGAUGGCAAUGUGCCGGAGACAGAGGAUGUCGAAGAUUCCCUGUACGCAAAGUACAAUGUUCAGGUCUCUGUGCCUCAGUACAAUGAGGACCAGUAUCACCAAGUCCUGGAGAAUCCCGACUGGACCAAGGAAGAGACAGAUUACUUGAUGGAGUUGGUGCGAGACUUUGAUAUCAGAUGGCCCCUUAUCUGGGAUCGUUACGAAUGGACUACGCGGUCUCGGUCGAUGGAGGACCUCAAGGCGAGAUAUUACGAAGUGGCAUCCAGAAUGAUGGCCGUCCAGAAACCAGUCCAAUACAUGACACAGCCCGAGUUUGCGCUGCAUGAAUUGAUGGCGCACUUCAACCCCCAGCAGGAAAAACUGCGCAAGGAUUUCGCCUUGAAUUCCUUUGGGAGGUCUCGCGAAGAGGCUCGUGAAGAAGAAUCGCUACUACUGGAGAUUAAACGAAUCUUGGCUCGAAGUGAUAGGUUCAACGAAGAACGGAGGGAGUUGUAUAACCGCUUGGACUAUCCCCACGCAGAGCAAGAUAUCAACACUUUCAAGUCAUCGGCUGGUUUACAGACAUUGCUUCAAAACUUGAUGACCGCCGACAAGUCUAAGAAACGAAAGUCUAUUAUGGGUGCUGAAGUGCCCACGCCCUCAGGCCAGCCCACGCCGCAGCAGGCGGCUCCGGAAAAUGGAAGACGUGAUAGUGCUGCGGCUUCUUCCGGACCACGAGAGUCGGGUGCGUCAACGGCGGCGUCCUCUGCACACAAGAAAUCACAGUCUCAAUCACAGCAACAAAUCCAACAGCAACAGGCUCAACAGCAGCAGCAGCAACAGCAAUCACAACAACAACAGCUGCAAGAGCGCAAGAAACUUACCGAGCACGAGGAGAUUAUCUACGGUGUCACACAUCAUGAUCGCCUGGGCUCCGGCCCUACAUUCCGGACAGAAAAGAUCAACAAGCUGUUCUCUCACAAGUCCAACCAGCAGCAGUUGCGUAUCACCAACACCCUCAACGAACUGGAUGUUCCUGCCAAGCUGGCUAUGCCUACAGCGGCGACAACGCAUGCGUUCGAACAGCUCUUGGCAUCUGUGAAUAGCCUUCUCGAUGCUCGCAAGAUUACAGACAAGAUUGACGCAGAGAUUAAGCUUGAACUCGCCAAGAAGGCAGAGCGAGAGAAAGCUCUGGACGAGUCGGCGGAGGCAGAUGAGCCCUCCAAAGACAAUGAUGAAGACGGCGCUGCGGCUCAACCAGAGGAUGAUGAAAAGGAGCAAGAUGAGGACGCAGCACCCUCUGACGAAGCAACCGCCCAGCCAUCCGUGGAACAGGACGAUGACAAUGCGGACGAAGGGAAAGACGGCGGUGUUACCACGCGCAAGCGAAGCGCUAGUGUGUUGAGCUCCGUGAGCGACAAGAGUCUGAAGAGGCAGAAGAAAUGA